UUCUCUUAGCAAUGAGUAAAGAGAAUAAAGUUACAGUCUGAAGCUUGUCUUCUCCUCUGACUCCUGUCUCUCCUCUCCUCCAGCAUGGUGUGGCUCGCCAGAGAUUCCUGUGUGGCAGCUGUGAUCCUGUUGCUAACAGUGCUGAGCCCUCCGGUGGCGUUGGUCAGAGACCCCACGCCACGGUUUUUGGAACAGUAUAAAUCCGAGUGUUAUUUUUACAACGGGACGCAGCGCGUACGGCUUCUGGUCAGAUACAUCUACAACCGGGAGGAGUACACGCGCUUCGACAGCGACGUGGGCGAGUUCCGCGCGGUGACCGAGCUGGGGCGGCGGGACACCGAGUACUAUAACAAACAGAAGGAGUACAUAGAGCGGGAGAGGGCCGCGGUGGACACGAUCUGCAGACACAACUACGAGAUCUCUGAUAGAUUCCUUGUGCCGCGGACAGUUGAACCCAAGGUGACUGUGUACCCUUCAAAGACGCAGCCCCUGAAACACCACAACCUCCUGGUCUGCUCUGUGAGUGACUUCUACCCUGGCAGCGUUGAAGUCAGAUGGUUCCGGAAUGGCGAGGAAGAAAAGGAUGGACUCGUGUCCACUGGCCUGAUCCCAAAUGGAGACUGGACCUUCCAGUUGUUGGUGAUGCUGGAGAUGGUUCCUCAAGGUGGAGAGGUUUAUACCUGCCAGGUGGAGCAUCCCAGCCUGACCAGCCCUGUCAGAGUCGAGUGGAAAGCACAGUCCACGUCUGCACAAAAUAAGAAGAUGAGUGGAGUCGGGGGCAUCGUGCUGGGUCUGCUCUUCCUGGGAGCCGGGCUGUUCGUCUACUUCAGGAACCAGAAAGGACAGUCUGGACUUCAGCCAACAGGUAAUGCUCUUCAGUCUUCUCUCAGAGACAUAUCUGCUUUCCCUACAGUGUGGGGGAUGGGGUGAUGGACACAGGCAGAAAAACGAGGAAGACGAAGAUCCCAGGGUCUGGCCAGGCAGAUUGCACUGAGCCUUGCUCCCUGCACUUACUAAAGGCCUGUGGUCUGAAGCAGCAUUGACUUGGGGCAUGAGAAGUUCCUCUCUGAUCACUGCCAUGCUGUCAGGAGAGGCUGGAGGUGGUCAGAGAGGCCACUGCUGAGUUAGGUCUGGAAACACCCUUGUCCCCUGUGCUCUGCAGGACUCCUGAACUGAGGUGAGGUGACAAGGCUGAAGGAAGGCGUUCUCCCACUGUCACCAUGUCUUGAAAACAUGUCCUGCUUGGCCUACAUUCCUCCAGAGACAGUGCUCUUCCAGGACCUGGCUCCUCCUGAUUCUCCACCCUGGAGAUCUGUGCUCCUUGUGGCUGUUUAACCCCUGGCCAGACCUUGCAGCUCCGGGGACAGAAGCCCCCUCUCUCACCUCUCCUGCUCCCUUUUGUCCCUUGCCCUUUGCCUGGCGCUUCUGAGUCAGUCUGUUGUCAUAUGCUUUCUGACAUCUUUUUCAAAUAAACAAAGAAUGAAAGUCA